ACCCUCGCUUUCAUCUCCGCCUUUCCAUUUUCUCUCUCUACAUAUACAUAUUAUAUACACUUUCUCUCUCUAUAAAGGCACCGAAACUUUGGCCGACACGUAAAGAGCAGAGUUUUCGUACCUGAGAGUUGAAUAUGCCGCCGGCAGCAGGUGCUGUGUCACCUUCUGAUCGUGUUCCGAUGAUGGCGCCGACGAAUGUUCAACCGCCACCGGCGGUGAUGCCGGAGGCCUUUCCGAAGGACGCCAUUAUCGCGUGGUUCCGAGGCGAGUUCGCGGCGGCGAACGCCAUCAUCGACGCGCUCUGCAGCCACCUGAGUCAGCUGGAGGGCGGUGGCGGAUCCGAGUAUGAAUCGGUGUUCUCAGCCAUACACAGGCGGCGGUUGAAUUGGAUCCCGAUUCUUCAGAUGCAGAAGUACUAUUCCAUUGCCGACGUAGCGCUCGAGCUCCGACAAGUCGCUGCAAAGAAGACGCAAGACAGGGAAGAAGGUGAAGAUGCGAAAAACAAAGAAGAAGCUAAGAUGUUUGCUAAGGCGGAAGAGAAGAUUCGAGAAGUUUCUGAGGAGGAAUCGAUGGGAAGCAAUGAGAAUUGCGGUGAUGGUGAGGUGGUGUAUGAAGAUUCAGCCAGAGACGAUUCACCACCUGAUAGUGAGAUUACUGAUAGAGGAUCUCAGGAAGUGCAUCCAAUAUUAGAAAACAUUGAGAUAUGUUCUAACCAUGAAGACUGCGAGGCACGCAGAGCGCAGAUCAAAAUGACCAAAGGGUUCGUAGCCAAGGAGCCAGUGAAAGGGCAUAUGGUGAAUGUUGUGAGAGGUCUAAAGUUGUAUGAGGACAUAUUCACUGAAUCUGAGCUCUCCAAGUUGGCUGACUUUGUGAAUGAACUCCGGGCUGCUGGUCAGCAUGGAGAACUCUCAGGCGAGACUUUUAUUUUGUACAACCAGCAGAUGAAGGGAAACAAGAGAGAGCUAAUUCAACUUGGAGCUCCAAUUUUUGGACAGAUAAAAGAUGAAGCAACAAGUAAAAAUCAUAUUGAGCCAAUUCCAGCUCUUCUCGAAGGUGUCAUUGACCACCUGGUCCAGUGGCAUCUAAUCUCACAAAAUAGGAGACCAAACAGCUGCAUCAUUAACUUCUUUGAUGAGGGGGAAUAUUCACAGCCUUUUCUCAAACCACCUCAUUUGGACCAACCUAUCUCUACUCUUCUCCUCUCGGAAUCAAUGAUGGCUUUUGGUCGUACUCUCGUGAGUGAUAAUGAUGGGAACUAUAAAGGGCCGCUCAUGCUUUCACUUAAGGAAGGGUCUCUUUUAGUCAUGAGGGGAAACAGUGCUGAUACGGCGAGGCAUGUCAUGUGCCCAUCUCAAAACAAAAGGGUCAGCAUCACAUUCUUCAGGGUGCGGCAAGACCCAAACCUAAACAACUCAACAGCAAUGACUCCCCUAAAUGGAACCAUGACCAUAUGGCAACCAGGCGUCCCAGGUCCAUACACGAUGCCAAAUGGAGCUCUCAAUGGCUGCUAUGAAGCAAUGGAUGUGAUCCCUAAAUGGGGAGUCCUUCGAGCCCCAGUGGUCAUGUUAGCCCCAAUGAGGCCAAUGGUUUUGAGCCCCCAAGGGAUCCCUCAUGGUGGCACAGGGGUUUUCUUACCCUGGGCGGUUGGACCAAAGAAACCAGCAAAACAGCUUCCACCACGUGCCCAAAAAGGACGGUUUCUCGCACUACCUUCUCCAGUUGAAACACGCAUACCAGAGGCCACUUCUGAUCCAGGCAUCAGCGUUUAGUGUGGAAUCGUGCAACUAAUUCUGGGGCUGCACUGCACAAGAACACAUAUAAAUCAUUGGAAGUACCGUUCGUGUUCUCUCCACGCUCUAAAGGAGCUUCUCUUUUGUACAAACAAGGGCAAGGUGUGCUGAUAGAUGAGUUAGCUGAAUUGCAUUUUUCUUCUCUCUUUUCUUCUCCUCUUCCCGGUCCCUACUGUUUUAGCAGUAAUUAGGUUCUAGUGUUCACUGUUAUACAUUCUCUUGAAUGUCAAUCAAGGCAAUGCUCUAGAGAUAGGUGAGCUUUAAGUUAAAAAGGAGUAUGAAAUAGCCUUAACAGAGGGUGGAAUUUUGUAUUAACUUAAGCUUUUUAUAUUAAUCUUUUCUUCUUUCUAAGGA